AUGCAAGAGGUUGUCACUGUCACAGUCCUCUUCUGCGGAGAUCGGCUACUUGUAUUCAAGAUACGGCCAAAGAAGGCUCCAACCAGCGACCCGCAACACAUCACCGAACAACAGGAUGAAUGGAUCAUUGGGCCGCCUGUUGAGACCUGUCGAGCGGACGACUACGACCACCGAGACGCUGCCCGUAGAGCACUUGCGGGAGCUGGGAUUCGGGACUUUGAAUUUUUGGGCACAUUCGAUGAGUUUGGGGAGGAACUCACCAACGACAACUGCUCCUACGUUGUUUUUAUCGCCGAGACUACGGCUGCAGUGAGGUUGGAAGAUGGCUGGGGUUGGGUGACCCAGGAUGAAUUAUGGGCAUCCCGCUAUUUUGUAUUCUUGAGAGAAUACAAUCCUUUUGCAAAGUUCCGCGCCCUGGAUUCCGCUUAG